CCUGCGGAACCUCCCUGCUAAAACCAUUUCCUUCAUUGAAAGUAUUUGGAUUUCAAUCAACUGAGCUCCAUUUACUGCUACUAGUAUAUUUUCUUUACUGAGGCACGAAAGACAUGGAUCUCCGGGAAUCCAUCAGCAACCAAACCCACGUUUCCUUGUCACUCGCAAAACACAUUAUCUCGACGAAGACCCAGGACUGCAACUUUGUGUUCUCGCCGCUGUCCAUCCAAGUGCUCUUGGCCCUGAUCGCCUCAGGCUCCAAAGGCCCAACCCAAGACCAGCUCCUCUCUUUCCUCAAGUCCACCUCCACCCACGACCUCAACUCCCUGUCCUCGCAGCUGGUCAACGGCGUCUUCGCCGAUGGCGGCCCCUCCGGCGGGCCUCGCAUCAGCUUUGCCAACGCCGUCUGGGUUGAUCAGUCCCUGCACUUUAAGCCUUCUUUCAAAGAGAUUGUGGAUGAUGUUUAUAAGGCCGCUUCCGAUCGAGUUGACUUCCAAAACAAGGUACCUGAUGAGGUGACCAACGAAGUAAAUGCCUGGGUUCGGAAGGAAACAAACGGGCUUAUCAGGGAGAUUCUUCCUAGUGGCUCAGUGGAUGGAACAACGAGACUGAUUUUGGCAAAUGCUCUGUAUUUCAAAGGAGCCUGGCUAAAGAAGUUCGACGAAUCAAAUACCAGGGAGCAUGAGUUCCACCUCGUCAAUGGCAGCUCAAUUCAGGUCCCCUUCAUGACCAGAAAAAAGAAACAGUACAUUAGCGCCUUCGAUGGUUUUAAGGUGCUUCGCCUUCCUUAUAAACAAGGUGGCGAUGAUAAACGCCGAUUCUCCAUGUAUUUCUUCCUCCCGGAUGCCAAGGAUGGGCUGCCAGCUUUUGUGGACAAAGUCAGUUCCGAACCUGGAUUCCUGGAAAAUCACUUGCCACGCUCAAAAGUACGAGUAGGCGUUUUCCGCAUCCCAAAAUUUAAGAUAUCCUUUGGGUUUGAAGCUUCUCAAAGUCUGAAGCAACUGGGGCUGGUGCUGCCUUUCUCUGGUGAAGGACUUACCGAAAUGGUCGACUCCCCUGUCAGUCGAAACCUCUGCGUUUCGAGCAUUUUCCACAAAUCUUUUAUUGAGGUUAAUGAAGAGGGAACAGAAGCUGCAGCGGCAACUGCUGCCAAAGUGGUAUUAAUGUCUUAUAAACAUUACGACAGAUUAGACUUCGUUGCCGACCACCCAUUCCUUUUCCUUAUAAGAGAAGACAUGUCCGGGGCGGUACAGUUCAUUGGUACCCUGCUUAACCCCCUUGACUCAUAGGUAGCGAAGAAUUUAUAGUACAUGGAAUGGAAGUCUUCAACAGCUGCAUUUCUCUUGUCUUUUGUUUUAUGUUGUAAUACCUUACUAUUCCCCUGCGUACUUACUCCUAUAUGUUUGGAUUGCAUUAGUUGUUGUUCACUCUGUUCUUCGCUCCCCUUUCUGGCUGUUGAAUAUUCUUGUAGUAUGUGAUUGUAAGAGUGCCUUUAGUUUUGCAAUAAAAUAAAAUUCCAGAUUGUAA